AUGCAAAUGAUCUCCUGCCUGAUUUACAUGUUGUUUUCUUUACUCCGCUUCGCAGGUCCAGAUCUCGAUGUGAGGACGUUUCCCUCCUCCGCACAGGCUCUGGUCGAGCAGCCCUUCAUCCAGGAGCUGCAGAGUUCCCCCUCAUGUUUCACCUCAGACCCACAUGUUGGAUACCAACUUCAGGGGCCCCAGUACGGUGCCCAGGUGAACCCCAGAGCCUUUGACUGCCCCAGCAUUCAGAUUACCUCCAUUGCUCCAAACAACCAUUUGGAGCCCGACAGUAGCCAGGAUGUUUUGGCAGUGGGCGGGGCAGAGGGGGGUUACAGCGAUGCAUCCUGGUGCAGAGACCAGCUGUACCUCUCUCUGGAGCCCCGCUACCGGGAUCCGGCUCUGUGCCCGAGCCCGUGCAGCAGCCUCUCCUCCAGGAGCUGGAUCUCCGACCUCUCCUCCUGUGAGUCUUUCUCGCAUACCUACGAUGAUGUGGAGGGGGAGCUACCUGAUGCCGCCCGCCUCGCCAUGGGUUCCCCCCUCGGCUCGCCUUUUGGUUCUCCGGGCUGUGGGGGCGGAGCCUUUGGGGUAGAGCUGUGGCAGCAGAAGUACCAGCAUCCUAUGGCCUUCAACCCGGCGCUCUCGCCCCAUCAGUCACCUCGCCAGUCGCCCCGCCAGUCACCGUGCCACUCUCCUCGCACCAGCGUGACAGACGAGAAUUGGCUCAACCGCCGGCCCACUUCCAGUCAGGUAUUAGCAGUUGAGACGAUGCGUUCUGAUAAACGGCGCCUUUUUUCUCGUAGCAUCGACUGCGCCGGCAUCCUGAAGCUGCGUAACGCCGACAUCGAGCUGAAGAAAGGAGAGACGGACAUCGGGCGGAAGAACACGAGGGUGCGGGUGGUGUUCAGGGUCGCCAUCCCUCAGCCGGACGGCCAGAUUCUGUGGCUGCAGACGGCGUCGAUUCCCGUGGAGUGCUCCCAGCGCUCAGGUCAGGAGCUCCCUCAGGUGGACAGCUUCAGUCCAGCCAGCGGCUCCGUGGAGGGAGGAGAGGAGCUGCUCAUCACCGGACCCAACAUUUCCGCUCAGUCCAGGGUUGUUUUCAUGGAGAGAGGGCCCGAUGGAAGAUCGCUGUGGGAAACCGAUGCCAGAGUCGUGCCUGAAAAAUGCAGCGGAUCCAGCAUCGUGGUGGAGCUUCCUGUGUACAAUAAGAAGGCGACGUCGCCGGUCCAGGUCCAGUUCUACGUCACUAACGGGAAGAGAAGGAAAAGUGUGACGCAGAGCUUCACCUACCUGCCUGCAGUCAGACACCACGUUCCUCCCGCUGUCAACACAGUCAAGCAGGAACGCUGGGAGCCAGACCACAUCUCCCAGAAUCCACCUGGCUUCAGCUUGACGGCCUCGCGCAACGGCACGCUCAGUCCUGACGUGGCGUACUAUGGUUCCUGUGACCUCCUGGUGCAGUGUGGUCCCCAAAGCAACCCCCAUCUCCACCAUCCUCACUCCUCUGCUCCCCUUCAGACCCCUUUAAUGUAUCCUCAGACGUCCUCGGUCCCGCUCCAAGUCUCCUUGCCUUCGCAGACCACCUUGAUUCCCCUUCAGACCUCCGUCAUGGUUCCUCAGAUCGCCACGAUUCCUCCUCCAGCCGCUUCUGUCCCGCUUCAGACCUUCUCCGUCCCUCCACACUCCUCCCCUGGUGGAUCUCAGAGGGACCUGUCUCUGAGUCCCAGGAGUACCUUUGUGACACCCGCCGACCCCCAGAAGGACUCUGUGCUGGCCGGGCCGGGGGAGGCGCUCAUCAUCAAGCAGGAGCCGGAGGAGCUGCCGCCUCCGGGAUCUUUAGGCCUCCAGGAGAUCACGCUGGAUGAUGUGAACGAGAUCAUCGACAGGGACAUCGGUGGCCUGGUUGGCGGCGACCAACCCGACCGGUACGACUGGGAGCCAAAGUCCGGCGCCGGCACCUUACCGUUCUGCGGAGGCCCUCAGUAGCACCAGCGCUCUCAGGAACGUCGUUUUUCUUCUGCUGUUUGCACAAAGUGCUCCAAACUGAUCUUCAAGUGCCUGAAAGCGUCAGACGACCGUUUCCUCGUCUGUCUCAGGAAACCGACUCGUACCUCACAGACAAACCAAAGAUUUAACUUUUCAUGAGCGAAUCGGAGGAAGAUUAAAGGGCUGAAAUUGAACUUUGUUAUAAUAAUUCUAACAAUCGGUAACGUCAGACGUAAAAUAAGAAAAUUCUGUUAUUUAUUGGCCAGUAAAUUACAAACAAUCUAUUUUUGAUACUCUGGAUCUGAUCCUCAAACCUGAAACCCUUCAGCUGAUUUACAUUUUUAUAGCUUUGUUUUACACGUUUACAUUUCCUUCGCCCGGUUUAACGUUGACGCUCCUCGACCGAACUGUUGUGGUGUGACACGGCGUUCUAGAAACAUGUUUAAGGUUGAAGUAAAAAGAAAAACAAACUUG